GGCAGGCAGAUGUAGUAUGUAUAUAUCUCUUUCGCUUGUGUUAUAUUUUGGCAUUUUGUUGGUAUAUUUUAUUGAAAAUCCUGUUAUAUGCUUGUGAUAUGACAGAGAAUGUUUCUCCGUAUCGGAUAAAGUCGUGUCUGCUUGGUUAAGUUAAAAAUUUGCUGUCGUACACCGUUGACAAAUGUGCUGUUCAUCUGCAAAUGUGAUAUAAUUUAGUAUGCAGCAGAUAGUAUUAUAAAUGGAGUCUACAACUCAAAUGCACUGAGUCAAGAAGUGCUUUUAAAACACGAUUAAUAGUGAGAGGACAAAAUAAUAUCUAACCACAACAAUGGAAUCAUCUGGUGAUAGUCGAGGUUGGUAUUAAUAAGAACAAAUGUAAAUUUAGAAAAGAAUUGUUACAUAUUGUGUUGUUGACUUGUGUGUUUGACAGCAUCAAAAUAUUGCAAACCCCCAUCGACUCAUCGACAUAUCUAUGGCAUAUACUAUAAACGAUCAUGUUUUUAAUGACUUGUACUGCGUGUCUCAUAGUAGGAGCCCUAAUAUCACAGAUUAUAACGGCUGGCUAAGCCUGGUUUUUGAUUUGAAAAUAAAGAAAUUUAUAUGUUCGUGUUCAUUAAAAAAUAUAUUUGGCCGCGAGUGGCGAGUAUUAGAUGCGAUUGCAGGCAUUGACAUUUCGAGGCAUCAAAACCUGCUUUAUAAAUAGCAUGCCAUAAACACUAUUGUAACAAAAUUACAUAUUCAGUCGAAGACCAAAGUGAGUCGAACGUUUGAUAUAGGGGAAAUUUCAUUUUACAAUUGCGGGGAAUAUAAAGCCAUUUGGGCAUUCGCUAGAUAUUGGCUUGUGUUCGAAUUUCAACACGAAUUUCUUUCAAACACUGUUGAAUACAAAACCUAUUGAAAUUAUUAGAAAGCGGAUGUGUUCAUUUAUGUAAGUUAUUUGUAUUUUUUUGUGUAACAAUUAUUUCAAGCACCUACUGUAUUAUUGUAUACUUGACUCCACAAGAUCUGGUGAAUUUUUACAAUUUAUCUCAGUUGACCUUUAUCCAACCUUUACAUGGAAUUUAUAUUCCCAUGUUUAUAUUCAAAUUUUUCUAAAAUUUAAAAUAUUUUGUUGUUAACUAAAAAUCAGUUACUUAAUAAUGUUCGAAUAAUUCUGAGAAUUUGCAUCUUCCUGGACUAGCCUGAAUAACAGACGAUUUGUUUUUAUAUUAUAUCUUGUCCACAAGUUAAUAAGUUAACCCAUGAGUACCAGUGCUUUCCUCCUGACAAGUAAAACCGUCUUACCAUUCGACAGAGUAAAAUAAUAACGUAGGGUGCAUUGGGGUGCAAUGCAACUUUUAAAAUGGGUUAACUAGACACAUAUGGGCAGAUAGUCUGAUUAACCCACUUUCCCCUUCAUGAGGUAAAUCAUCUGGUGUUAGGCAGAGUAAAAUAAUAAAAGUAGGGCACAUUUGGGCACAAUGCAACUUGAUGGAUUUAAUUUAACCCUUUAAGUGGCAAUGCGCCCAGAUGCGCCCUACUUCAUUAUUUUACUCGACUGUCUAAUGCCAGACGAUUUUACUCGUCAGGUGGAGAGUGCUGCCACUCAAUGGGUUAAAGCCCUAGUCAAAUGAAGAUAAGAGUUCAGGUGAUAACUGCAACUCCUGCUUGUGUUUGACUGUUCACAUCCUCAUUUGACCAAGGCUUAGAAUUAGAAAAACAAAAUUGGCUCAUGGGUUUUCCUCCCCAAGGAGGAAAUUUUUGCCGACUGGAGGGGAGGGGAGAAAAAUUUGUUUCUGAUAAUAGUAAAUGUAUUAGGACAUCUAGGGAGUUUAACUUUCAAUUUCCUCCAUGGGGGAGGUACGGAUGUUUACAGGAAUGACCCAUUGAUGCCUAUUGCCAGGGGUUGGUUGUACAAAGGCCAGCGUGCGCUAUACAUUAGAUAAUGAUCUUUUUCUAUUGUUAUAAAAAUGCUUGAAAAGUGAUAAAACUACAUAUAUUGAUCCCAAAAUAAAAGGAAACUUUAACUUUUAUACACUGAAGUUUAAUGAGGCCCACCAAGGGUGUAACCUAGGUCGCUUGUCACCAAUUUUGUAGCCGCUUUGUCGCUUGUUUUAUUGUAAUAAAUGUCGCUGUCACUUUUGACCCAUAACACAAAUUGCAAUUUGUCGCUUUUUCACAGUCCAGAAGCUGUCGUUUGUCGCCCUUUUUUAGAUAGUCUGUCGCCUCUUUUUAAGGAAUGUCGCCUGUCUGUCAUAACCCCUUGGUGGGCCUCUUUAAUUUGGUUAAUCGCAUGGGUUCUGCUCAUAACAAUGUGAGGACCCUCUAAAGUGAACAUUGCCCAAAUUUCGAAUGUUUCGAAUUUUUCUGAACAUAAACUCUAUUUCAUAUUCAUUUAGAAGCAUAGCAAACCAAAAUGGUGUUAGAUAUUCAGACAGUACAUCAUAUUUUAAAAAAUACAGCAGUUCAAAAUGUAAACAAACCGUUUGUUUACAUUACAGACUUGACUUCCACUUAAACUUUAAAUACAUAUCAAUGGCCAAUUUAAGAAAUCUUGAAAAAUCACUAUUUAAGUGGACAGCACUAUCUGGCUUUGUAUAACUGACCCCUGUUGUAAAUGCACUUGAAAUGCUAUGCAGUGGAUAGCACUAAUUCUGUCUCGCUUGCAUACAGCCGGUCCCUGAAUAUUAGAGGAUUAAGCAAGCUAGCUAAUGUGUUAGUGAGAUAAUCGUCGUAAAUGUUUAGCAUACCUACAUUGUAGACUUUCACAAAGUCCAGUGAAAUGUUUGUUUAUAAACAACAAUUAUAACAAAGGAAUUUCGAAUGAAUUUGCAGAAAUGUAAGGAAUUUGGGCAAUUAAAUUUGCUACUUUGCUGAAUUGUUGCUCAACCAAACAGAAUACAUUCCUAUGUACCUGGCUAGUGGACACUAGUAAUAAUAAAUUAAUAAAAAAAAACAUUUUCUAACAAACAUGAAAUUGCAGUUUAGUGAGCAAGUUUCACAGUUUGACCCACAGAGACAAUCACAAUUGAUCAAAAUCCUGUCUACAAAAUGUCAUUUUUAAUGCCAUAUGACAUUGUUCAGUAGGUGAAUAACAGAAUAUCCAUAUGAAAAAUACUCAGGUAUUCAGUUUGGCUGACUUCUCACAUGCAAAUACAAUGCUGCUCAUAUAAAAAAGAUGGAAUUGGGGGAUAACAAUGGAUGGUUCUUGGCCAAAACAGGCGAGGCUGGAUACCUAGACUGGCUCACCUCCAUAUAAACAAUGGAAAAUUCUGUAUACUAUCAUUUCCACAUGUGAAUCUGCCUGAAAUUCACAGAGCAUUUCAAUUUUAAUUUAAUUAGGAAUUACAAUUGAAGUGUACUAUUUUUAGUCAACUGGAGAUGGACUGUCAGAUAUUUAUAUGAUCUUGCCAUAAUAGAAACACUCCAGACGAAGGGCCCUUUGCUUGCAACUCCAGACGAAGGGCUUUCACUCGAAACGUUGAAAUAGAUCUCAGGCAGUUGCAUCUCUACCAACAAAAGCCUGUUUAUAAUAGAAAUAGCCUGUUGAAUCAAUGACAGUGAUUCAGUGACAGUGUGUAUAUGCGAUGCGAUACAAUUACAAUAAAAAAAUGCUGUCAAUCAUUAUUUAUAAAUUUAUGUUUUAUACGUAGAUGCUACUGCUUCUUCUCAAUCAGCCAAUGGCAAUCAGAGAACCAGUAAAGAAAAGCCAGGUAUCUAUAAAUUUUAAAUUUGUUGCUGUCUAGCAAUUUUUAUUGUGUACCACUUAAUUAUUUUCAUUGUGUAGGUUGUCUGAUUAUUUUCGUUGUGUACAAUUAUUACAUAGGAAUUAGAUUUUGGCACAAAUUCCGAUAAGAUUGUAUAGGAAUAGGAAAUUUCCUUCUAGUAAUUCCGAUAGGAAACUAUAAUUAUUCCAAUAAGUUUUUGGUCCAUUCCUAUUUACAUUUGAAUAUACAGUAGAUCCGAUGACCUUGAUUGUAUCUCGAUCCACUGACUAGUUCAUUAAGUCAUGAUCAGUUCAUUAAUUUGCCUCCAUACAUGCUAAAAUGCGAUUGAGCCAUUGUUGCAACAUGCUUAAGUAUUGAAUAUGGCUUGAGAGACGAAAUUUAGAAACAUUGAAGAAAUGAAUGACGUCAUGGGAGCUGGAAUUUGGCAGUGAACACAACGAUGUGGUACAGUAUAGCUGGGGAAAAGAUGGCUGUUGAAGACGUGGCAAACCAGAUAAUUACAGAAGAGAAUGUCCUCGAAGGGGCCAUCGACCUUACAACAGGGGCCAGUUGUAUAAAAAAUAGUUAUUAAAGGGGCAGUGUCACCAAUUUUUGACCAAAUAUGUCUUUGAAGACGUUCAAAGUCUGAACUACGAAUUUGAAAAUAAACAUUGUAAAUAGGUUCAGUUAUGAUAUACAAGUCAUAUUAAACAACUUUGAACUUCCACACAACCUGUAAGACGACAGUAUCAUACAAAUUGACCUAAACUUGAAAAAGUGUCUGCCAACAAUUAAUCAAGAUGUCAUUUACAAUCCACUGAUCUCAAUCCUUGACCAUCCAGACUCCUGUACAUGCUUUUUGUAUUUGUUAUUGUUUUAUGUUGUUCUUACAACCAGUGUUUUUAGGUUUUGUGCAAGAUUCCUAAAUAUUUGCGAGGGUCAAAAUCGGUGACACUGCCCCUUUAAGACAAGAUUUUUUUUGUUUGUGACGUAACACGCGCUCAAAACUAAUAGUAUGAUAUACCACUUGCGGUUCAUUCAAAAUCUUUCUUUUUCGAUACGUUUCUCAAUCGGCAAACACACUUAAAAAGUAUGUCCAGUGCUUUACCUGUAAAAUAAUGCUAAAAUGAAGAGAUAUUAGAUGGUAUGCCAAAGAGAAAAUCAUCUCUGAACUCUGAAGUUCAGCUUAUAUUGCUGUAAAUACAACGUCACUGUUAAAGCAUCAUUGAUAAUUGUAUUUUAAUUGACACAUUUUCCCUAUUAUUUUAUGUUUCUCAACCGGUAAAUGUAUUUAUAAAGGCAGCUAACUGUAUGAACUAGAGAAUAAAGCUAAAAGCAUUUUGAGAGGUACAGUACGCCAAAACGAUUUUCGGUUUUGAACACAUUCAUUGCAAAUACACGACAUAGAAAAAAAUUGCACUACAGUUAGUGCGAAAGUUAACCAAUCAAAAUCGCGUAUUUUACAGUUAACUACUAUUUAAUUACAAAAUAGUGUUAACAACCGGUCCCUGCUCAUUGGGCAUCAUGGGUAUUUUUAGUAUGAAAGAAGGAAGCACUCGUUUCUGCAUGAAUUGUCGUAAUUUCGGCCAGGUGGACAUAUAUAGAGGAUUGGAAAUUUGGGAUAAAGAGAUAUCUGCUUUUACAACGAGUAAAACGAUCUGACAACUGUCAAGUUGUGGUUAUCUCGAACAGUCCGUGCUAGUGUAGGUUGAGAUGAUGGCAGAAAGCAGCGGUGUGAAGGAUGUACUACUCUCUGAAAAUAGAUGCAGAACUUUUGUAUAGUUUUGCACUCACAUAUUUGCAAAAUUUGAAGAUUGAUUAAUCAAAGAUUGAUUAAUUAAUAUUUCAAUCUUAUGUUUUUUUAAACAGAGUCAUGAAGUGUUGAUUUCAGCUGAUUUACUGAUAAAAAAUCACAGACAGAAUGCAUAAAAACAAACAAACAAUUUUAUGCAGCUAUUGCAGUCAAAAUACAAAGAGUGUCCCACUUCCGCUUAGAACUGUGUUGUGAUUUAGCUACUGUAUAGUAAUGUAUUUUAACUGUAAUUUCUGGCAAAACAUUAAAACAACUUGCCAGAUCGGGCAACCAAGAAGCAACAUCUACUUGCCCGUAAUGAUUUUUACUUGUUGCGGGCAAGUGACUUCACUGCACAAUGGCAUCGGCAACUUCUCUCCUUGGUGGCAAAUAUAAUUUCUUGUAUAAACGACAGACCAUUCAGCUUUGCAGUGGCUGUGGUAAUAUCAUGGCUUAACUUGCUCAUUGGCUGUAUGUAAAGUUACAACAGUAUUAGUUUUCUCUCCUGCGUUGACCUAGUAAGAAACACAAGAUUGCAGAUUCCCUUCUUUACAUGGGAUGCUUGAGUUGAAGCUAGAGCUACUAGACAACGAUGAAAGGAUAUGCAAAAGAACAAAUGCCCGAAUCGAACGAAAGAUGCCUUGGAAACAAGGAAUACAAAAUCAGAAUUAUCCGAGCCAUAGUGAUAGAACGUCUAAACUUCUGUGGGCCCAGUGGAAUAGUGAGGAACUGUUUUAGUCAUAUCUUGCUCGCCUGCUGUAACAUCACCAUGCAAAACUUGAAAUCAGCAUGCAGGACUUGAAAUUUUAAUUUUUUUUUAGUCGUGCAAGUGGCUACCAGUGAAUACGACUUAGACUCUAGUCAUGAAACUUAAUAUCAGGUCUGCCCAAACGAAUGUGAAGUAUUCUCUUUAACAUGUUGGCAAAUUAUGAAGCAAAAUGAAAAACGUGAUCACUGAGAUAUAUUAAGGCUUUAGAAUUACUUUAUUAAGUUUUUUCUCAUUCGCCACGAAAGCUGUUAUUGGCAAAUAUUCGUCGCCAGAUGAAUACUACUUGGCGCCCGCUCAUUUCAACUCCUAGUUUCAAGGCAAUUAAGUUUUCAAGUGUACGGAAGUCUAACAUAUAUAGUCACUUUGGUGUAAAGAAAACGUUGGCUCGUUGUCCGAGUUGGAGUGAAUCGGUGGUUUGAGAAAUAGCAGGCAAAUAGAUUCGUUGGAGGGAAAUAGAUACUUGUGCAAUUUUGAUCGUAUUUGAGAAACUUAUACUGCAUGUUUUUUCCAAAUUGCACUCGAACCCAUACCAUUACCCAUACAAAUUCUCUGCGGCCCUAUCAUGCUGGAAAAGAAAAGUUUAUACAGUAUCUGUAUAUAUUGCUGAGAAAAUAGCCACUGAACAAGCUAUACAUUGGCAAGUAAGUUAGGAAUAUUUAGGAAAAAGAAUGCCCAUUUUGGCUGUAGUCAAUCUGAAUGUCCGUAUACUAAUCAUUUCCAUUUUUAAUUCUUCUGUAGCACCUGAUUUAGGUAUUCCUGGCCUAGCAGGGAUAAAUGCUCAGUUUGUGAUCCCAGCAUCUGCGCAAUUAGAGGAAUUACUUAAACAAGGCUACCCUCCACAGUUUGUUCUUCAACAGUUGCAGUUGGCACAGGCAUGUAGUAGAACAGUUGUAUAAUAUUUUUACCUCCACGUGUUUAAGCUCACGCUUGUUUAGUCUACGUUCACACGGGGCUGGAUGAAUUCGGAACCGUUCUCAAAUUCGUCCGGUUCUUGUUUACGUGCACGGGACCGGAUUCAUUACGAGACGAACGGUGUUCAUACAUGUAACCGGAUGAAUUGUAGUCCCGGAAGUAUUUACGUAUGCAUGCGCAGAUCGUCUCAGUCAGUUUCAAUCCCAAUCCUCUACCCUGCAAAAUGGUCUUGAAAAAGACCGAUUCCGCUGCUCACAUGGAGUUAGCUGUGCUGGAAUUCGUCCAGUUUCAUGCGUCCCGUUUGAACGCAAGGCGAAAGCCGACGAAUUCGAGUCUGAACGGGGCCUAAUAACUCGCGAUUUAUCAAAGAAAUUCCGUGGACAUUAAUGAAAAUUUGCAGAAAACGUCCGACGCCAAAUGUUCGUCACCUAAGCAACUUUCUUUUCAUUGAAAUGUUAAGAAAUUCGAAUAGUAUUUUUAUUGGCCAUUUUUGUUCGGAAUGAUGCAAGAGAGACAUGUCAUUUGACAGCUAAAAAGCCUGAUCUUUAUAGAAAAGAAAAAAAGUAAAUUUAUAAAUUGCUAAAGUUGGAUCACCUUUUUCUGAUACAUUCUAAGAAGAAAUCUUUAAUCCUGUCUUCCUCAAUGGAUAUGAUGUUCUUUUGAAAAUGAAUUUUGGCAGCAAGAAACAAAAAAACUUUACAAUUCAACAAAUGACGUCAUAUCCGGCAACGUCUACGUUGAUGAAGAUGAGCUUUUCCUUACGUAGAUAUAUUGCAUUUCUUCCUAAUGAAACAGUCCAAAUAUUACAAAUUCCAAAAAUCAUAUUUGGAGCUAGCGCCACUUUAAGUCAGACAAGAAGAAACAUGCAAUAGAAUGUCGUUUACAAUAAAUAUUCUAGUUUAAUUCUUGCUUGGCUUCUGUGUGGGCAGAAUAAAGUUAUAAUAAGUAUAAUUUUGAAAAAAAUUAAAAGAACUUUGUACAAUAGGAAAAUGCGGAAUGAGCAAUCAUUGCAAGCUAUAGAGUUAUUUGGUUGCAUUGCUUUACCGUUGGUUACAAAUUACUAUAUGUUGUGAUACAGUAUUGUGUACUCCGUAAUAUGAUAGAAUGAAAUGUUCUCGAGCAGUACAUUCUGUAGCUCAGUUGGUAGAGUGCCGAGCUGGCAUUUCGAUAGUCGCGGGUUCGAAACCCAGCCACGGCAGGCAGAAUUCUCUGCUUGGGCGAUUUGGAAUCAUUCACUCUAGAACAUUUCGUCCUAUCAUAUUACCGAGUGAACAAUAUCAAAACAUAAUUAUCACAACAUAUAUUUUAUAAUAUUUUACUCAAUUGUGUAUUUAGCUUGCCCAACAGCAGUAUGCGGAGUAUUAUAAGAAGGUCCUUAAAGGUUCAGGUUUAGAGCAAAGCACGGCUCAUAAGAAUGAAGGAGAUGAAACGAAUGAUAAAUCUAAUGAGAAAUGCAUCUGGACUGAAGAAGAGAAUGAACGAAGCCCUAUUAAAGUCAAGGUAUGUCAUUCAGGCCUAGAAAAAUAUUUUUCUCUCCGUAUAACCCCGAAGUGAAUUUCGUUUUCGAAUCAAAUGUAAAACUUACUGCAUAUGUAGGUAGCGUUUAGGGAGUGCAGGCAUGGUACCGCACCUGGUUGUGCCGAACGUACAUAUGGUGUGGGGGUGUAACAGCCCCCCACUAUUGUUGGUUGAUGAGUAAUUUCAGGUAAAUUUUUAGGAGAUUUAAAGCUGAUUUUGAAGUAAAUGACAAGAGCAUUGACAGGCAAACCUGGAAGUUAAAAGGAAUGCAACAUUUUGGAUGCAUGUCCGGGCAUUCUGACGGCCUAAAUAGUCAAAAAGUUUUCCGGGGGCAUCCCCCUGAAUCCACCUAGUAGAUGUAGCCCCGUAUCCCAUUUAUACUAGUGUAAUCUUACGAAAGAAACACCUGCUACUUGAAUGUAUACUCAUGAAAAAAACAAAACCCUAAAUUUCAAACACUAAUUUUAGGUAAAGUAAAACGUAAUUUAAAAAUCAGGUAAUUUGGGCCCUUACAGUACAUCCCACCAACCACAAAGGGCUGCGUCCCUGACUUUUUCGAUUUCAAAAGCGAAUUUGAAAUUUUUAAACAAUAAUUACAUAGUAUUUUAAUAUAUAAGAUGAAAUUAAAGUUAGUUAUUUCCUGGCAGCAAUGCUGCGGCGUUCCCGGAUAUUUUUUAGCCCUCGUUUGUGUGUCGAUGAAAUACAGUGCAUUCAUGUAACGGAUGGAGACUAAAAACGUGGACAAACUUCAGCAUACUGUUCAGCCUUUAGUACUAUAAGCAUACGUUGCCUGGCCUAGAGAAGUCCAAUGGGCCUGCUACAAUGGAAUUUGAUACAUUUGUAUUUUAUGUGACUGUCAUUGACAGGAGAUUUCCUGAAAUUGCUACUCACAGUGAGUUUAUGAAUGAAAUAUAUUAUUUUCAAAGAUAUCUAAAGGAGUUAGUACCAUCAUGUGAGAAUUUUCUUUGACGUUUCGUGUCCAAAUAAUGACUUAUGGCAUCGGCAUGAACACUGUGGACACACUAGUAUAUUGGUUGAAGGGUAUUUUAGAUGGAAAUUAUCGAGUCGAAAUUUAUAUACAUUUAUUAGGCCUAAUAUAACCUGGAACAGGCUUUUUAGGCUUGUCCAAAGUGAUUAUUGCUCCAUCUGACAUUUCUAUCUGUAUUUUCUCAUGAGUUAAUGCCAUUUCGUAUGUGUUCUUGUGGGCUCCGCAAAUAGAUGAUCAAACUCAUUUUACAGUUGGUUUUAGAUUGUCCAUCUUUUUAGUCUCCACCCCGGCCAGCCGUUAUUAUCAAAAUAAAAUUUGUUCUUGAGCAAAUAUAUUUAAAAUAGCAGCCGAGAGUGAGUAUCAACUGCGUACGUAUACGAACGCUACAUACACAGCAUUACCGGUGAACGUUAUAAACAUUAUGAGUUUACAAAGUCUUUGCAUUGUAGAUUGAGCCCGCUGAUACUGACGACGAGGAUGAUAGGGAAGAGUUUGAAGAGUACAAUGGUUUUAGUGAGUUGAAGACGAGCGAAAAGCAACCUACAGAAAGUAUGUUAACAAAUAUUUCACUCAUUAUUUGGGGCAUAGUGUAAAAUAAACAAUCGCGCGCACUUGGGCGGGCGGGGCAAUGGAGGGUUAUCAUGAAUGAUAUGAUAGCCAAUAACGUUGACAUACACUAGCUGUAGGUUGUAUACGUUUCAAACACGGUCGCAUACGUGGCAUACGGCGAUCGUGCUUAAACAUUUUGCGCGUAUUCGGACACAUUCGUAUUCUAGUCACACGCUAAAUACGCUAGAGGUACGCCAGAUGUACAGUACUCAUGCGCUGGCAAUUCAAAGGGUUUUUGUGCGUAUGAAAAUUAUUUCAUUAAUUUUCAUACGCUUCUCAUACGUUUCUCUUAUACUGUACGCAAUAGUGUGACAGGGCCUUAUCGCUAGAACAGUCACAUAACCACGGUCCAUAUUAACAUGACCCAUAAAACAGGUUCGUAUAAUGUACAAAUGUACAACCGUUCGUACAGAUGUAUAAGCUAAUGUGGAUAGUCGUUUGUACACAAAACCAUGGUCCUCGGGUUGUGUCCACACUGUCAGUUUGUUGCCGUAACACCUCUGGGAUGGAGGAGCGGGGGGAGGGGGAUUGAGACUAUGUCGCUGUGGAAAACCUUAAUUUGUAUUUUGGUUAUUGGUGGUUUACAGUUUAGUUUAUUGAGUUUUUUACACAUCAGUGAAUUGAUAGGGGAUCCAAGAUACACAAGAUUUAACGGCCUUAUCUGAGAAGGCACGAAAAUCUGACCAUUUAUUGAUGUCAAUGUAAAAGUAGCUCUUACCUCUCAGUUAUUUUAAGACCUUGAGUAGCAGUCCGAGGAUUGAACCUGGGUCUCCCAGCUUGAAAGGCAAGCGUAGUGAUCACGACCCCACAUGUGUAUUGUAGUACAUCAUGUCAUCAUCACAAAGUAGUACAUCAUGUCAUCAUCACAAAGUAGUACAUCAUGUCAUCAUCACAAAGUAGUACAUCAUGUCAUCAUCACAAAGUAGUACAUCAUGUCAUCAUCUAUGAGCAUCUGUAUAGCGCUGAAGCUCAUUCGAGAUUUUUGAAACAUUCCUGGCUUUACGAGUUUGUUUCGAUAUUUUCAUUCAACCAGGUAUGCCACAAAAUUGUAAUAUAUUCUCACUGCUCGCUUUCCCCGCACAAUACCUUUGACUGAGGGAAUUCAGCUUGGGGAUAAAUAAUUUUCAGCCAAAGGUAGAGUGCGGCGAAGUUAGGUCCGGAAGUGUCGCAGCCGAGGGGAGGUGGGUGCAAAAAAUUUCAACGCUGUCCUUCCUUUUCGGUGGCAAAUCCGCAAAUGCUCAAAAGAUACCGAUUCUGUGCUACUUUUAUACUGUCUGACAAUCACGUGGUGUAUAUGGAUGACUAACUGAUCAUCUCAUGCAUAAAUAUUCAAAGUGUAUGGUAUUGUGAGGGAAAAGUCCCAGUGAGAAUAGAUCAAAAUGUCAGGUGUAUGAUAUUAUUGAAAAAUUAAAUUUUGAUAUCUAGGGAAAUAAUUGAGAUAAUUUUAUGCAAAUGAUAUUAAUAUUUCUUUUAGUCACAUCAAACCAAGUAAAACAACGGCUACAGGAAUUUGUAUUAAACAAACAACAACGUGAAGCGGCAGUCUCUGGAGUUCCCGAUCCUAAUAUGUUCAAACGAUGGUAAGCUUUCAUCUUUUUGUAUAUUACAGUCGUGAGAGCAAGCGCCUUUCACCUCUGAGAUCGUGGGUUCGGUUCUCGCUAUGGACUCAUGUGAAAAGAGUCCAUCAACGCCCUGCCGAAAGUCGUGGGUUUUCUCUGGGUACUCCGGUUUCCUCCCACAGGGAAAGUUGAUAGGGUGGGUUAGGAUAAACACAGUUUAGGAAAGUAAUAUCACAAUUGUUAUAAAGAUAAAGUAGUCUAGGCUAAGUAUGUAAUUUGGUAAGUCUAUUAUAAUAUACUUGAUGUAAAGCGCAUUUGAUCAUAUCCACAUGUGAAUUUGCGCUAUCGAAAUGUUAAAUCUUAAUCAGUAUGCCCACACACUGGCCCUACAAUUCCAACAUGGAUCCUUUAAACCAAUAGAUGGUUUGGAGACUCGAUGAAAGUACAAUAUAACUCAUUAACUAUGUUAUUGUCCAGCUUUAUGCAAGAAUUUGGUCCUAUCUCGUCACGUGUGUAUUGUAUUUUCGCUCAAAUAACCAAUAACAAGUUUGUGUUUGAGUUAUCCAUCCGUAACUUGAACAAAUGCUCAAUUUAAACGUUGCUAUUGGUUGUGCGGGAAAAAAUACAAUACACACAUGACGAGAUAGACCCAAAUUCUUGAAUAAACCGAAACCAACAUAGUUAAUGAGUUAUAUUGUACUUUCAUCGAGUCUCCAACCAUGUAUUCUAUUAACUGUGUUGAAACGGACCCAUCAUUAUUGCCCCAACAGUAUUCAACAAUCUUUAAAUAAUGUUUUAUACUCAUUGUUUGGUAAAUAUUUUAAAAGCACUGAUUUUCAAUUUACCUAAAUCGUACGAUUUAAAAAAAUAUAUAACCCGGAAAGUUAUUUUAAAAAUAGCCAAACACAAUUUAGUUUUAAAUGAAAAUUUUAUUAAGCUUACGUUGUGCAGUAGCGUACCAGCCCAACGAUUUAGUCCGACCCGCUAUGCAAAUAUUUUUGUGUUCAUUGACUAAAUUGUCGGGCUGGCUACGCCACUGAGUCGUUGUGUGAAAUUAAACCGUCACUCCAUAAUAUAGACGGCAAUGGAGGGCUUAAAGGGAUAUGGCAAUAUAUUUUUUAUUAUUUCAUUUGGAAGAACUUUUAAGAUUAUAUGUAAAUCUCUUUUACCGAUUUUGCGUAACUUUUGAUUAUUUCUUGAGAUAUUUGAACAGAAAAAAUCACAAAUCAUCGAACUUUCCGCCAUCUUGGAUUUUGGCGGAUAUGCAUGUGACAUCAUAAGCAGGGUCACGCAAGAAUUUUAUCCAUAGAGCAAUUGGUUAUUAUGAGCCCAAAAUCAUAUACUUCAGUAACUAUUUGAAAUAAAAAACUUGUUUUUUAUUUGAAAUAAAAAACAAGACCUAAUGUUAUUUGGUCAUUUAGAUGUAGUUUUAUAUGGCUAACCCUGCUUUUGACGUCACUAAAAUCACCGAUAAUGAGCAAAUUCUUUUAAGUCAAAAUAUUUCAAAAAAUAAUAAAGUUACGCAAAAUCGGUAAAGGAGAUUUACAUAUAAUUUUAAAAGUUCUUUAAAAUGAAAUAAUAAAAAAUAUAUUGCCGUAUCCCUUUAAGAAAAUGUUUUCUGUAAAUAGUUGAAAGGUUUUGCAGACGGAAAUUUCGAGCAGAAGAUUAUACACUAAGCAGGAGCAGUUGCGAAAAAUGCAACUUUAUGUCCGCUCUGGCAGGAAUCCAACCUGCGGUCCUGCGAUUCCGCUGCAGCGCUCCUAACCAACUGAGAUACAAACUCCAGUUGUCGAGCUCUAACCACAAAUUCUUGUACAUAUACAGUGGGUGAUACCAGUAUGUAAGGUAUGGGUAAAUAUCGAGAUUUUGGGGCAUCUCGCUCGAUGGAACUAGAUGGUCGAGCGGAAGAUUAUAUACAAUUCUAGACCUAACCAGGAGCAGUUGCGAAAAAAUGUGUAGUUCAGUUGGUUAGAGCGCUGCACAACAGGUGGGAAAUUUGUCGUCGCUGACCAAAAAAUUGCGGGCAGAAACAAAGCUCAUUGCAUUUACAUUCAAAACAAAGCAGAAAGUUAGCAAGAAGCUGUUUUAGCUGACGAUUUUUUGCUUUCCAUUCAACGAUUUACAAAUUAUUGGUUAUUCUUUUAAAAGUCGAUCAUGAAUUCUUUGUUUUGGGAUGAUUGUUUUGUAAUCGCGUGAUUGAAAGAAGUUAAUAUGGCGACGUGAACAUGGGAGUAAAUACCGUAUACGUCGAUCUAUGGCAUGUUUAAAACCGUAAUAAACGAAGAAAGACGUGAUUUGAGAAUGAAAUGUAAGUUGAAAUUAACUUUAUAUGCCUCAAAUUUUCCAUCCUGUGUUUCUUAAUGUAACUUCAGCUGUCUAAGUUCAAAAUACAAGCUCGCGAAAUUUGACAAAUUUUGAAAAUAUGUAAAAAUAGCUUGACUUUGAACUGUAUUUUCUCAAAAAUAGCCCGUGGCCUCAAUUUCAAAUAUAGCUAAAUGAAAAGAAAACAAUUUUCGGCGUUUGUAGGUAUCAAACAUAUCGUAAGGAAAAUAGGGGCUCACAAUGUUUUAGUUCAGUCUUUGAGACCCAGUUGCUUCGCACGUGUUGUGGUCAAAUUUUUGCCAAAAAUCAAAGGCCGAAAUGUGAACUUCCUUCAUGAAAACCGCUUCGAGAAGGGUCUAGUUUGAAAAUUUAGCUAUUAAUUUCGAUUUCAUGUGGUUACACGUUAAGUAUUGUUUGAUGAUUCAAAAUUUGUUGUAUAUUCAAGCCCGGCUUUUGUGUAAUUUUGGUGAUGACCGGAACAGAAAUAAAGAUAUUUUAAAAACUGGCCGUGGCCUCACGUUAAAACUUUCUACAAAUGUUCUCUGUUUCAUGUACUUUUAUUUGAUAUCUUAGGUAUAAGCGUAAAAAUAGGGGCUCAUACAGUUUGAGAGGUUGUAAAAUGCAUGAGUUGCCUCUAUUUUCAUGUAAACAUUCGAAAUUCUUCGACAGCAAAGUAGCAAGUGUUUCAGAUCGAAUGCACACGGACAGCCCACCAGAGACAAUGGCAGGGUACUGAAAUAGAACGUCACUAAAAAAUUCUGUAUGAUUAAUUUAGAUCAUGUCCACUCUUUCAACAUAAAACAGUCAUUUAUUUUGUACAAACAUUUGGCAAUAUUUACACGAUUGUGCCUUUUUGUAAACACGUGUUGCGUGUAUUCCACGCAAUUGCGUGCUCAUUUUAUUCGCGCAUGCUCAGACAAAUUUCCCACCUGUUGCGCUGCACCGGAAUCGCAGGACUGCAGGUUCGAUUCCUGCCAGAGGGCCUAUAGUCGCAUUUUCCGAGCGAGAUGCCCAAAAAUCUCGAUAUGUUCUGAAAGUAGCAACUCGCAAGCCUUUUGAUAUUUCUUGAAUACCUUAGAAGUCGUCUGCUGUCAAAGGUCUCAAUACUUUUUUGUCGAAAAGACGGUGAAUUAUGAGAAUACAUACAAGACAAUUCAUUCCAAUUGAUUUUUACCACGUCCACGAAAAUAGGUCGCCACACCCACUGAAGGUGUGCAUCGGAUUGGAGGUUUACAAGCCGACAAUUGGUAAUUUUCUGAAAUCCGAUCCGAAAUUGUCUGAUCCGAAUCCAAUCCGAUCUGAGUUUGUUAAAGCGUUCCGAUUCGAAAAAAAUCCGAUAAAAACCUUCAAUAAAUUAAACUUUCCAAUCAAGUGUAUAACUGUAUAUCAAUGUCAAAUUUUUAGACUCUAGACUCUAGUCUUUGCAGAAGCCAAUCCGCAAUCUCGCGCCAAAACAACUCAGAUCUUUUAUUCUUCGCAAAUAGGGUUAGACAAUAGACAAUUAGAAAUAAUUCUAAAAAUAUUAAACGAAAGCGCCAUAAGCUUUUAGUUUUCAGAGCAGCCCUGGUAAUCGAAGUCCGAUUUGACUACGAAAAACUUUUCCAAUCCGAUCCGAUGUGAAUAUUAUGGCUCUGAAAUCCGAACGAAUCGGAUCGGAUUCGCAUUGGUUUCGGAUCGUAUUUGCACAUCUCUAACACCUAUGGUAUCUUUUGUGCGGCCAGUUUUGACACCCUGCCUUAGGGAUUUUUUUCAUCUCAUCGCAAAAACUAACUCACAAGCUCGCUGCGAGUGUUUGUAUCUCAUUAAAUUGCACUGUCGAGUUGAAAGAACUCGUGGUGAGCUUGCGAGUUCAUUCUUGCGAUGAAUGGAAAUGAGCCUUAAUAUCCUGGACUAUAUGCGAAGCUUGGUAUGGCAACUGGUCAUGCUAUGCUAUAAACUGGCAUCUAAAUAGACCCAUUGCACAUGACGUCACAGGCGCUGUGACGAUGCAUCUGGAGGAAUUAGCAAUCUAUGCAUAAUAUAACUUUUGUAAACAAAGCAAAUUUUGUAAAACUUUAUAAUAAUUUUGUAUUAAAAUGGUUAAUUUUUGCGCUGUAUGUGGUUGUUGUACCCAAACAGAUAUUGUUAGGGAGCAUCUGGAGGACACUCUAAGGAUUUGUGACGUCAGUGCAAUGGGUCUAUAGGUUAAAGACAAUACAUUUCUAAAGGUUUGAAUGAUGCCAAUCAUUAAAAGAGGCUUCCGGCUAAAUAGAGGAAAUACGGUAAAAUCAUUUGUAUGUAUAUUAAUCACCUGGCAUGUUUUAUGCAUUUCAGGAACCUUGGUGUCGCUGAUGAUGAACGAGAUGCUAUAAGUCCACUCGGUCGACCUCGAUCUUCAAAUGGUGAUUCAAAUUUUCCUCUUCGUAAAACAGGUAUUGUUAUAAGUUCUGGUUUGUGGAAACACCGCAUAUAUAUUUAGUAGUGCAAUGAUGAAUAUAUACGUGUUGUUAUAUAUAACCAAAACUUCUAUUAUCGCCAUGGAAAACAUUCAUUCAUUCAUUCAUUCAUUCAUUGUCUUACUUUCUCACUAUUUCCAACAAGUUUUACUUGUUCAUGCAAAAAUUGACAAUUUUUUCCUUGACAAUGAGUCUUGUCCGUGCGUGCUGCUGUCAAGGAGGACUUGAAAUGGUAUCGUAGAUAGUUUCAGCUGUUUUUAAAUUUGUUCGAAAUAUAGGCGGCUUUGAACGAAAGUUAUCAUGAAAUUGUUUAGUAUACGUAAAACUUGUUAAGGAAAGAUGAUCGAAAUAAACUUAUUAGAAUAUUAGGGUUUGUAAUCCAAGUGAUUAUAUACAUUUUAAGACCUGACCAGGAACGACUGCGAAAAAUGCAGCACAAGGUCCUCUGGUAGGAAUUGAACCUACGGCCCUGCGAAUAAACUUGUUCGUCGUACAAAGAAAUUCACUGUAAAAAUAAAUUGGUUAAAACAAGUAACCAAGGGAUUGGUUAUCUUAGAUUAGCAUAUACACGGGUCCGGAGUUGGAUGGUGAUUUUCGCGCCUUAACGCUUCGCGUUUCGGUGAAUAUCCUUGCACUAUUCACCGACACUGAGGUGAAUAAUUAUUAAUUAAUAGAGAUAACCAAUGGCAAUGUAUUGGUUUUUAACCAAUCUGUUUAAACUUCCUCGUCCGUACUGGACUUCAUUAUAACUCUUAUCUUCGUUUGACUAGAGUUAUAGAAUCUACAGUAAUAAUCAUACGUGGAUUAUUUAUACCAUCAUGUAGCCUCCGAACCGAAUCUUAAAGCGAAGUCGAAAUUACGAGCUAAAGUAUCAGAACAUCGCUCUUACCUUGGCCUGGGAAAUGCUGCCGUGCCGCGCCGUCGUGAGAGGAAUGGAACUAGGGUUCCAAAGCUUGAUUCAGGUGAGUCAUGCGGAUAUGUUUCUUGGUCUAAAAAUGAGAUGGCGAACGUUAUGUUGUUUUUGGUCGAAAUGUAUCGAAAAUUAAGACAAUUAGAGAAAAAUAGUGAAAGAUGUUACCAGUUACCAUGAUCAUUUGCAGUAUUUUUAAAUGCAGGCCUUAAAAUAUCUUUUAUAACAGGGCCGUCUGACAAAAUGUCCGAUAACGUUGAUUUUGGGUCGGACGUAUGUCCGAUGACCUUCAGUUCAGUUUUCACUCGGAAAUAAGUCUGAAUGACACAAAUGAAUAUCAGCACAAUGUAUUAAUUCUGUACUGUAAAUGUUGUGAAGAAAUUUUUUUUUCUUUCAUACUUAUAUUCCCAAGCUAAAAUUAACUUGCUUUUCAGAACAGAAGUAUUAAAAAAGACUUCGACAACUUAAGCCUGUUUUCCACUUCACCAUUUAGCUGGCCGCCCCGCGCUCGACUACGUUAAAACAACAUUUCCAGUUCACCUUUUAUACAAUAGUACUCUGAUUUUCCAUUUAACAUACAAGCCUCUAGUCCUGGGAAAGGGUGCAUUUUGAUUUACGUUGGACAAAGCUGCAGUUCGGUAGGACACAAAUACGCUUAGGUUCGACAAACAAUAAACCUCAGUUUCACCUAGGUCGGACAGAAUGUCCGGUGGUUUUCUCUCUACGCCGGACAAUUUCACGAAUGGGUCGGACAAUGUCCGUGACCGACCGUAUUUUAAGGCCUGUAAAUGAGACAAAUUGCGUUGCCCAAAGUCGCUUAUAUUUGGUGCGUGGGUUUGUUAGUCGGUUAGUUUGUUAGUCUUUUAGUUUGUUCGAAAUCAUAUGCCUUGGUAUUUAUUCAAAAAUAGUAUGUCUUCGCGAUUGCGAUGCACUAGCUUGUUUAAGCCGCCUACGUGCUGAUUUGCGCAUGCUACGCACUGUACUAUUAUCAUUGAUCAUUGCGUGAAUUUUGUUUAUAUAUAUAUAUAUAUAUAUAUAUAUAUAUAUAUAUAUAUAUAUAUAUAUAUAUAUAUAUAUAUAUAUAUAUAUAUAUAUAUAUAUAUAUAUAUAUAUAUAUAUAUAUUAACUUAAAAUUGAGUCACAACUCUGAGUUUCACGCUGAGUGCGAUCAUCAGGUGACGGUGUUACAAGUGACGGUUCAAUCUUCCGUAUGAUGACGUUGGAUAAAACACCUUCCUAUCGCAGCGGCGAUACAAAACACCUUCCUAUAUUUAACACCUUCCUAUCGCAGCGGCGCAAAAAACUGUGAUCUUUGUCUCCAGGAAAAAUUACAUAUCCUAAAAGGUGACAAGACAAAACUGUUGAACAAAAGGUGUGAACUUUUCUCGAAGUGCCGCCACCGGAAGCGAUUCCUCGCGGGAAAAUUUGAACGUGCGCGCGCUGCGCCAUCACGCAUAUAAUCCAACGUCAUCAUACGGAAGAUUGAACCGUCACUUGUAACACCGUCACCUGAUGAUCGCACUCAGCGUGAAACUCAGAGUUGUGACUCAAUUUUAAGUUAAAAUACUAUUUGCUCUGUUAAAUUCUUGAUGUUGAGCACUCUUUUUACACCAUAUAAUUGAAAUAUUAUUAUUAUUAUUAUUAUAUAUAUAUAUAUUUAUAUAUAUAUAUAUAUAUAUAUAUAUAUAUAUAUAUAUAUAUAUAUAUAUAUAUAUAUAUAUAUAUAUAUAUAUAUAUAUAUAUAUAUAUAUAUAUAUAUAUAUAUACCGCGGAACAUCAUCCAUCCAAAUAUUUACUUUUAAUCAAAACAAUUCUCGACAUUAUAUGCAAAAACUGGUUGUGUAUGUCAAUCAUGUAAACUCUAUAUGUCAUCUUUAUUCGCCCACGUAACAAGUCGCAUAUUUUCCUCCUCCCUUGAUAAUAUCAACGAUUAUUAUACAUUUUUGUUUUUGUUUUUUUGUUCUUUGCAUUGAUGUAUAUCGAAUACAAAUUGAGAAUUCCAGAGGUAAAUACAGUUACAGGGUCUUAGCUUGUCGAAAACCCCCAGACUAAUUUUGAACUACAAUCCUGGCCAAAACAUUGUGGACAACCCACAGACAUUGGCCUCGAAUGGCGUUUCUCUAAAAAUAUAUCCCCCGCUCCCCUAAGUCAAUGUUGAAUAGAAUUUUUCAUCAAAUGAGAAAUGUUAUAGAUAAUACGGAUAUGUAGCAUUGAAGAGGGGGAGUGGGGGAUAUGUGUGUCAAGUCAAGUUUUAGCUAUUAGUGCCCACAUGAGUUUUGGCUUGGACUGUAGCUUGCGCAGAUAGCGAGGGCAGAUGUGGCAUGCAAACUAUGAAUAGUAUGAAAAUUAUUAUGCCUUCCUAUAAGCCAAUUCAGAGUUGCGACUGCGACAUUUAAAUGAAGCGUUCUGCGUGGGCAUAAACUGUAAUUGAUCUAUAACAUGAAGCUGAGACUAGACAACUGUUCAAUCAUCAUUUAAAUAUGGGAAAAGUUGCUAAAAACCAAUUCGUUUCCGCAUGGUUGACUCGCUUUAAAGUAGAAAAUGUGAUCCCUCAUGUAUUAUUAUUAUUAUUAUUUUGCACCGGUUGCGCCUGGCAUCAUCCUACUUCCCGCAGCAUAUUGAUGGCAGGUUACGAGUCCAGUACCUUCCUCAGGAUCCUUGCUGUUCCAAGCAGUCCGAUCUUUUGAAGAUCCCCUGCGUUACUGCCUAUUUUCAGCUUGUCCAAGUUAUUUUGUACAUUGUUGGUCAUCGUUCCCAAGGGGCUUAUGAGGACUGGCAGUAUAAAUACCUUGGUCACUUCCCCUUUCCAUACCUUUGGUAACUCAUAUUUAAGGUCUGUGUAUUUUUCUAUCUUUGUUCUUUCCCUCUCCUUUACUCUUGUAUCAAAUGGGCAGCCUACGUCCACUAUAUGGGUGGUCUUCUCCUUCUUGUUCAAUAUGACUAGAUCUGGUUUGUUGUAAUCUAGCUUCUUUUCAGUCUGGAUGGUGAAAUCCCAUAGACUUUUACUUCAUCGUUCUCCAAUACUCUGCUUUCCUUGUCAAUGUGGUGGUUAUAGCUUUUUUCCGCAUACUCAAAUCCAUACUUCUUACAUAGGUUUCUGUGUAUUGCAGCAGCAAUCUUAUCAUGUCUCACAUUCUUAUAAUCCUUUUGAGCAAGCAGAGUUCAUUCCGAAACAAUAUGUGAGACGGUUUCAUCUGCGAGUCCACAAAUCCUGCAUGUUGGUGAAAUUUCGAACUCUUUACAAUAUGGUGUCGCAUCCAUUUGGUUCUGAGGGCUUGGUGUUGAGCUGCUAGGAUCAUUCCUUCUGUUUCCUUUUUUAGCGUUCCCUUCUUUAACCAUUGCCAUGUUGCUUCCUCGUCUCUUAUCUCCUUUGUUCCUUUCCAAAAUACAGGAUGUAUCUUCUUUUCAAGGAAACUUUCUUUUCUUCUGUUUAUGAUGGUUUUCUUCCUUUCUUUUGGGGCUUCUUCUUCCUUUCUUUUGGGUCUUCUUCUUCCUUGAAAAUGUUUUCUAUCUUGACCUCCUUUAAGAACUCUCAUCUGUCUUGGUGAGGUAGUGUCAUAGGCUGCAAUUUUCAAUUUCUACAACAUCUUCCACACUCUGCAAUCCUCUUCCUCCUUCAACCCUCUUCCAAUACAGCCUGUCAACAUCAUCUCUUGGGUGGAAACACUUAUAAAUAGUACGUAUAUUCCUUGUCUUUCUGUCCAUUUCCUUUAGUUCUUCUUUUGUCCAUUCAAUUAACCCUGUUCCAUACCUUAUGAUUGAUACAGCCCGUGAAUUGAUAUUUCCUGCAUUCAAUUUGGACUUGAGGAUCUUUUUCAUUCUUCUGAAGUACUCAUUUCUGAGUAUUUCUUUCAUUUCACCACUUUUCAAUUUAUCACAUUCCAAAAUCCCUAGGUAUUUAUAUCCUUCAUUUUAUUAUUAUUAUUAUUAUUAGUAUUAUUAUUAUUAAUACUUACGCCUGCAUUCUAAAAGCUCACUCAAAGAGUGGAGGUUCAAUCUGAGCUUCCUUGAGUGUCAGUGCUGUUUUUGAAUAGCUGGAGGGUUAGUGUCGUACCUUACUAUGUGACUACUCACCCUCCAGCUCUGCUACUCAAGGGAAUCUCAACAGCACUAACACUCAGGGGAAUCUCAGAUUGAACCUCCACUCUUUGAGUGUGAGUGAGCUUUUUGAAUACAGGCGUAAAGGCGGAUUUCCAUUCAGUGCAAAAUGUUGCGCGAUCGACUUUUUGCGAUCGCUUUAGUUGACUGCACAUGCACAUUUCAAAAGAAAGCGAUCCCAAAAAAUCGAUUGUGGGAAUUUUGCACUGAAUGGAAAUCCGCCUUUAAGGCUGUUUUCCACUAGGCGGAAUUUUGCGCGCGGAGUGGAAUUUCUCUUUGUCUUUUCUAAUUAGUUCCACCCGGGAAAUUUAUUUAUUUAUUAGUUUUGCCAUAUACCUAUACCAACUAUAACAAGAACAAGGAUAAUAUACAUGACUAUAGGCAGGGUGACCGCAACAGCGUGAGCCAAUUACUGCGGGCCCAAAUUAAGACAUACAAACAUGAAAAAAGCUAUCUAAAUAAAACUAUAACUAAUAGCAGCACUUAAGAGGCUGAAGCAGAGCUGGUUCGAGCGGUAUUACACUUGGUACAUAUAGUUUUGAAUGUUCUUGGAUUUUCAGGAUCGUAGGAAAUUUCCAAAGCACGGAAGUAAUAAGUAAACUUAGAAUAGUAGAUUUAAAUGAGUUCAAAUUCAUCAUGUUAAGUUUCAGUUCGUCAGCUAGGCUGUUCCACACCCUAGUUGUUCGAAUUAGAAACGAGCGUUGAUGCGUCGAAAUCACAAGACAAAGAAAAAUUCCGCUCCGCGCAGAAAAUUCCGCCUGGUGGAAGACGGCCUUUAGCUUUAGACAUGCAUAUAUAAACAAAGGGGACUUCCGUCUACGCAUGCGCGAGAAACGUAAGCGUGGAGUGCACGUGAGCGCGGUUGAUCGCGUGAUUGAAUUCUAAAAACAAACACUAAAUUUGCCAAAACUACUCGCGUUAUGAAGUCGUUUUCUUGUUUUUUUUUUGUGUUUCUAUGCUCACAAUUUUAGGCAUUUUCGACUUAGAAGUGUUUGCUUUGGAAUAAGAACGUGAAAGUAGAAAUAAAAACUUUGUUGCAGCAGUUUAAUUUCGCCGUACAAAUAUACCUGUUUUAUAUGCAUAUCGUUUUCGAAGUGAGAUAUACAAGUGCAAAUUGACCUUCUUUAAAUUCGUACUUGUCCUAUUUUUGACUCCAUAAAAACUACUUUUAUCCAUGGAGAAACUAUUUGACUUGAAAAAUAAGCUUGAAUUAUGGAGGUGAUAUAGGCUAGUUUCUUUGCAAACAGUGAUUCAGUGCUCGGUAGUGUACUUGUUGUAUAUGAAGAAAAGUCUAAAAUGAUUUCAACCUCCAUCAACAAAAAUGAAUCGCGCUUAUUACUACUCGUUAGAAGAUAGACAAUUUAAUUCACCAGGAAGCCGUUCUACAAUAUAAACUAGAAAUCGGCCAACAUAUUGUCACGAAAUACUACAAUUAAAAUAGGGUCUCAAAACUACCGAUUUCACCGAACGGUCAAGUUUCUCUGCAAAGAUCGCCCCUUUGCACAAUUUUCAUCGAGUAGAUCAUCGUGUUAUCAAGUCAAGGAUUAUGUAUACUUAUAAGUAAUAGCAUGGCAUUCAGGGCGAUUAUAGUGAUUAAAUGUACCCGAAAGCCGAGAGAGGUUUAGUAAAAGUGGACUUUUACUAAACCUCUCGAGGCUUGAGGGACAUUUCAUCACUAAUCGACCGUAAUGCCAUGCUAUUACUUUGUAAUAUCAUAAUUGCCGAGGGAAUCGCGCGUGGUGUGUUGCCUGUUUUGAAUGCUGUUUGAUUGUCUUAUGAUUGUGGUACGAACACUUUUCAUAUAUACGCACGCGCAGAAACACAUCUCCGUGUUCAUUCGUUUUAGGCAUGCGCAUAAACGGAAUUUUCUCCCACAAUUGAAAUGUUCAAGAUUAGGGAAUAAAAGCUGGCAAAGUGAUUGUUCGUAUGUGUACGGGACGGUGUCGUCAGAUACUGUCCAUAGUUGUGCCGAUGAUUUUCGAUGAGGUACAGCUCUCCAAUCAGAGGUAAUGAGGUACGCGUUUGUCUUCUAAAUAUCCCUCAUCAAGCAUGCAGGGGAAAAUUAGAAUUCUAAUUUUGCCCGUGGUAAAAAUUAGUUCUAAUUUCACUCCAUGUUUUAGUAAUGAGGUAAAUUAGUGAUUAAUCGUACCUCGCGAGACAAAGGAUUUCGAGGCAACUAUGAUAUUAUUUAACAUAAAAGAAUAAAAAAAGUGGUGAUAAAGGGUAGAUUUUGAAUAAAAUACGAAUAUCUGUAUACAAGAUCUGAGCGUUAUUAUGAAGCACUCGAUACUUUUUCCAACAACAUGUUGGGCUUAAUUUUUUACAAAAUUAAAAAUAUUCACACAUUAAAGAUAUGAAAAUGUAGCUUGCAUUACAAAGAAAUGUUGGCUUACCUAAGUUAUACCUUACACGUCGAUUAAAGUCAAGUAAAGCCCUUUCAAAGACGCGUGCCACAUUAAACUACAGGUCACAUGGCGGUAGAGAACUCGACGAAGUAUUCACAAUAUUUCAUAGCCAGUUUAAACGCCGGUGAGCACUAUUCCUGUGAAUUAUGAUGCCCAACACACCGGGUAACAAAAUUUACCACUUUGUUCGGCUGUUCCAAGUACACUUUUAAGGUAUACAAGGUCCGAUUAUAUCAUGUUCUUCGAAGCAUCUGCUCAAAACAGUCCAACAUAAAUAUCGCCACUCAUCUUCUUCGUAUGAAAAUAUAAGUUUUCCCUUCAAUUUCUUUGCUUUAAAAACAGUCAUUAGGUUGUUGAAGAGUUAGUCUAUAACUUCCAACAAAAAAAGCAAAGAUGCUUUCAAAAACCAGAGAAUCACAAUGCUGUAAACUUCAAAAUUAGAAAUUAUAAGCAAAACAUCGAAAAUAGAAGCAAAUACAAAUUAGAAAUUGUAAGCAAAACAUCGAAAAGCAAAAUUUGCGGGAAAAAGCUCACUUUCAUGCAGCAUCGACGAAAGUCCCCUCUGUUGCAUAUAUGUAAGUCUCAGCUACAUGUUAUGAUUCAACUGCAAUUUAUCCCGACACUGAACAUGUCAUUUGGAUCGCGCUCGAGAGACUCCAGUUUAGUGCACAUGCAAGGCAUUUAAACAAAAGAAUUUCAUGUAUUAGAAUCUCAUUAUUUGACUUUGUAUUAAAGUCUCAGGGGAUUGCUUGAAUGGAACGCUACCUCAGAUAAACUGCCUAUCUUUUAAUUGAGCCAAAUCUCAAGACACGCAUAUUUAAAGCCGUGUUUACACUACGAGCCUAAGCCUGGCCUAGGCCUAGCUUUGGACUAGAUUUUUGUAGUGUAAACGCACUUCGGCCUGGCCUAGGUCAGGAAAUCUGGGCCAUCAGAACAGGUGUUCUACAUUUCCUAACCUAGGCCAGGCCCAAAGUGCGUUUACACUACAAAAAUCUAGUCCAAAGCUAGGCCAGGCUUAGGCUCGUAGUGUAAACACGGCUUAUAUCCCGUGAUUCUCUCGCGGCAAAAUGCUCUUUCAAGAAACAAUUAUUAGAAAAAAACUAAAAGUAAAGUCUACAAGGAAGUUUUACCUGCAUAAGUGGAUUAAUAGAAAGCUUCGUAAUUUAGUUGUAAAUUUUAAGCUGGUUUUCCAGAAUACAUAUCCAUGUUGACGGUUUGAACGCGCUCUUCGCAUGCGUGAAAAGACUGGGUCUGGCCUUCAAGUUUGACUUCAAAUUUCCAGUUGGAGGUAGCAUUUCAGUUACAUUCAUUUCAAUACUUGAAUCCCACCUAUAUUGCCAGUGUAUCAUUGGGUAUAUUAAAGGGUUAUUGACCGAGCGUGAGGUCUGUACUGUGAAAUAUCAGACCGAGGCUUUUAGUAUGGGGGUAGUAUAGGUCUGAUAUUUCACAGUACAGACCGAACAAGCGAGGUCAAUAAUCGGUUUACUAUAUGGCUGAACUGAGUCUGUGAGCAUAUGCUUUUCGCGCGAAUUAAAUCUGCUAUCGUCAGUUUCACUGGGUAACAAUAUACAGUAGGCAUGCAUGCUCAAUCAAAAACAAUUUGGUUGUUUGAAAUUUUUAUCUGUAAAUUUUAAUGACACACAAGUUUAAUGACACACAAAGCAAAAAAAUUUUCUGUUUGCAAAGCAAAAAUUUCCCGCCAGAUAAACGACAUCUGGGACACCGGUCCAGAUACGGAAAAUACGGACCACGGUCCGGAUAUCGGUUUUUACGGACCGCUUGUCAACCAAUCAGAAUAGAGAAUUUUGAAAAGCCAUAUAAUAAAAUAAUAUAUCACUACACGUUUAAAGUUGGCCCUGGCGUUUUAGCAUAACAUACUCGUGAACAGUAAUUUGAGCGAAGUAUUUUGAGCUUCUUUCGGACAAACCACAAAGUUUUUGGUUCGAUGAACGUUUUAAUAUUGUUCUGUUGUGAUACACCCUGUAUUUACAGGUGGCACGCGCAUGUUUUCUUUCCUGCAAAACAAAUCACGCCUACAUGUAAAUACAUAUUUUUCAGAUUCGUCUGGCAUGUUUUGUAUAAGUUCGCCCACGCACAUAUUUAAUGAGUCAUAGUGAAGAUGUUAUCAGCUUUGAUCGGCUUCGUACUCUUGAGUUAUAUGAUGUUGAUGCGUGAUUGCCAGUGUGCAUGGACAUUAUGGCCGAUCAUUUUCCCAAAUUAAUUGGAAUAAAUUUCCCUCAAUCUUGCAAAACUAAACACGAUCUCUUAUUAAUCUGUUACACAUGCAAAGAAAGCUAUUAAUUACUUGGUUGGUUAGAAUUAAGAAAUUGAAAACAUUUUCCGUGUGUCUAUACAGUUAUAGAAACGCGCGUGGGAGUUUGGAGUUCUCACGUUAUUUCGAGUUCUCCCAAACUACCACAAGUGUUUCAUAACUGUAUAGAAAGACAGGGGAAAAUAUGUUUUAUAAUAUAACUCACGAAAAGCUUUUAUAGCCAUUUUUAUAUCCAUUAAUGUACAAAUUCUCAUUACUUCUGAAUAAAAUCCACUUGUUUUUGUUCCUCAAUUUGACCAAAUAAAAUGGUCACGUUCUCCUCUGAGAAUUCACAUUUAGACUGAUAAUUCCCUUUUUGCCUUGUGGUCCCCUUAUUUCUUUGUGAAAGGUAGUUUCACCACACAUUUUUCCGAUAAUAGCGCGUGUUAAAAUCGUUUUGUUUACGCUUUGAGAUGAUAGCUGCAAGACGGGAAAUUCCACGUGUUUCCAUACAGAUACACGCUUCUCGACCAAUCAACACUCGCGUACUAUAAAUGUUAUAUUAUAAUAUACUACUUUUACUUGUGUGUCAAUGAAGAAAGGAAUAUAUUUUCAACCGUGUGGAAACUAAUUGUUCUUUGAGCAACUUUUUGCAUAUUCAAAUGAUGAUUGAACAGUUGAGGCUACUUUACACGGUACCGGAUAUAUUUUUGCUUCGUCCGCGAAACGUUACCGUCCAAGUGUAAACAGCUUCCGCCCCCGAUCUUCUAUGGCGCAAAUAUUGCAGACGUCAUUUGAAAAAGUGAGCAAACUAUACCCGUAAGUAAGGUCAGAAUAGCAAGUUGUUGUUUGCUAGACGCCAUCUUGAAUCACGAAUUGAACCGAAAAUUGCUCCGAUUUGGGUGUUACAUUACAAUGAGAGCGUUGCAAAAACCAAUCCGGUACAACACGCACCACUUGGUCUUGGAAGAGCGGAGCGCCGCACCAGCGCUUCGAUGCAGAGAUUGAUUCGAUUACAUUAUUUUAUAUGUAAACACAAGCCCUAUCCGGUAUGGUUUUUGCGUCGCUCCGCAAGCUAUCCGCUAUACAGUGUAAACGUAGCCUUAGUCGCAGCUACAUGCUGUAGUUCAACUGCAAUUUGUCCUGACGCAAAACGCGUGGUUUGGAUGCGCAGUUGUCAUUCCAAAUUGGCUUAUUAAUAUAAAUACAUUCCCAAUUGGCUUAUUAGUAUGUCUAACAUUGUGAUUGGAUAUAAAAAGCACUCGCAGCGAGUUGGCUCUUGCGAUGAAUGGAAAAGAGGCUUAAAGCCCGGCGCGCAUCUUAGCGCGUAAUAGCCAAAUGCCAUUUGGAGAUUGCUCUCACCUGUAGUUCGUUGAUUGGUGAGUGCGUACGAUUUCUAUUUACGUUGUGAAAGAUCGCUAAACGAACGAGUGAGUUUAGAGACCUUACGAUUUUAGGACGGCAACCGCGACGGCGACGGCCAAACAAACUCCUUCAAAUAAAUGGUAGUCAAUGGUUCGUCGUAUAUUAUCAAUCGUAUGAAUUUAAUACAGUCUUAGAAGUUGAAGACAUGGGUUUUAUGGUUGGGAAGAGUUCUGCUAAACCCAGUUUGAAGUUGCACUUGUUGUGGCUCGGAAUGCAGCCGUUGUAUCAACACGUGAACAUCUGUGAUUUGGCGUUGUAAACAGAGCGAGGACAAUAUCUAAAUUAUUCAUUUAUCGUAAUUACUCAAUUCUUUUCAAUGAUCUAUUGUACUGGUAGCCGUUGCCGUCCUAAAAUCGUAAGGUCUCUUUUUAGUGGUCCUUGGCAACGAGUAAAUAAUAAAAAUCGAGUAUUAUAAGUAUUUUGUUUAUUAUAUAUACCUACACUCUAAAAAUUUCCUGCUCAAUCUAAAAUUAUCCCUGUUUGUGGUAACUUAAUGUUCCAACGAACAACACACAAGGGAAGUAUGUUAUGCAAAGACACCCUGUAUAGUAAGUGAAAAAUAAUCAACGUCUUGACUAUUUUUGUCACGAGCUAAAAUGUCUUCCUGUAUCCGUAUGCGGCAGAGUGAAGCUGAGAUCUUACAACAAGCUGAGACCUUACAACACUCAGGAUACACGGAUACCUAUUGAAGAGCCUGAUAUAUGAUAUUCUAAUAUAGCUAGGGUGAACACCAAACGUGAUUGGCUGAUUUGUGGUCACGUGGCUUUAGAUAAAUGCAAUUUAUCUCGCUGGGCAACAAGUGAAAAAUUGUCGGCCCCGACCGGCUAUAUAUAUAUACGCACAUAAAUAAACAAAAUGUCGGCACAACUCGUAAGUUUAUGAUGUACGAUUUUCCAAGUUUGUGUUAAAAUAAAGAAUGUUAAGAGAAGAAAAAGACACAAAGGCAACAGGAUAUACUGAUGAAACCGUUUAAGUAGGUUCUUUUAAUUUUAAACUCGUUAGUACACUAUAGAGUUUUUGUCAUGAAAUAUAAUUGUUGAUUUUUCUUUCGUCGCUAUACAGGGUGUCCUCUCUGUUGUUGGUGAACUAAAUUACAGUAGUUAUAACCAACAACAGAGGGGACAUUUUUUGGGACACCCUGUGUAGCAAAACACUUAAUGUCUGUUCCCUCGGGAAAUAUAGUUAUUUUCGAUUUCGUCUCGGAUGACAUUGAGACUCGGGAAAGCAAAAUUAACGAUUUCCCAUGGGAGCAGACAUGAAUUAAGUGUAUAUAUAUUAUACAGUAUGUUAUAUAGCCUUAUAGGCAUAUUUAUUUUCACAAGCCUAUAUUAGCUUUUAAGGUAAAACAAUUGAAAAAUUAUUUCAAUUACACAUGUUAUUAUAGGCCUAUAAGUAAAACGUUUGUUCAGUCUUGCCUUUUGUAAUUUGGUUUUGGUGUUGGUGUUGAAAGCUAAAAAUUAUGAAGGUAAAAAAGCCUAAGUAUAAGGCUAAGCAAAUCGAAAUGUUAUAUCAUCUUGAUUUUGGUUCAUUAAUUGCCACUCAUAUAAAUAAGAGGAAGGGUGGGAAACAAAAAUAUUUUCCCACCAUAUUUCGCAAUACUGGCAUUACCCUCGUAUACCAGUCCCCGCCCUGGUCAAAUAUCAAACCUUAUCAGUAAGUUGAGUAAAAAGGGAAAUAAUUCAACAUAAAAAAGGUGAAUCAUUAAGAUAUUAUUAUCAAUUAAGCUGCAAUGCGGAACUACAAAUUAUAAUAUAAACAUACUGUUUAAAUGCUGAAAUAACUUUCGAUCUCUUUAAUAUUUAUUUUCAUCAGGCCGCGUAUGUAGUAUAUAAGCGCUCUGAUUUUCAUGUCUAAAUGGUAAUAUAGACCUUUCAGUUAUAAAGACAGCUGUUUCUUCAGAUUUCAGAACACGUUGAGAUCGGAAUAAUCUUCCGGCUGCUUUUUGUUUCAAUAUAUGCAAUAGCCAAUAGGAGAAUCGUUUGUAUAUGUUACAUAACACGCGCGUAUUUUGAUAAAGUAAGUUUAGUGCUUUAUCUGUAAAAUAAUGCUAAAAUGAAGAGACAUUUAGCUGCUACGCCAAAGAAAAAAUGAUGUCUGAAGUUCAGUAGUCAGUACUUUGUGCUUAUAUUGCUGUAUAAAUAUGGCGUCAAUUUUACAGCAUCGAUGAUAGUUGUAUUUAAAUUGACAAUAUUUAACUAUUAUUUUGUGUUUCUCAACCGCCCGAUAAAUUUAAAAAGGUUGCUAAGUGUGUAAACUACGAAAUGAAGCUAAAACAAAGUAAUUUUAAGAGUAACGCCAAAAAGAUUUUAUGCCAACAAUGCAAAAUAAUGAUUAAUGAAUAAUGUUCCUUGAAAAAAAUAGAAUUUUUUUGUACGUGACUUUUUACCAAAACAAAUCCAUCAGUCAUUAAUGUCAGCUUAAUCCACAGGCACAGGCAUAGUACAUAGCCUAUACUUGAAUAAAAACAGCCUUCUUCAACAUAUUUUCACUGAUAGUCUCAAGCUAGACAUUUUCCUCUACAUCUGACACUUUGUCUUUAGGCUGCCAUGCAACUUCCAAGCUUUGUUAUUCACAAGGAUUAUACUAUACAGAUUGGACUAAACAUUUAUUUUUUUAUUCUUCGAGUAUACAUCAUAUACCUUAGACUUAGAAACUUUACAUGUUCAUAGACGGUGCACUGAUUAGGAUAUAGUAAGUUGAAGCUUAUAUAUAUGUAUACCUUGCAUGCGUCUUCACUACUCAAGACUGCUUUCCAUUUAAGCGUUUUUCAUUCUGAAAAGUUUAAAUUCAAUCUUACUUAUGAAUUACUAAAUGACUAAAUGGACAACGUUUAGUUUUGUGUAUGGUUUAUUGUGCAUUUGUUGAGGUAGUUUAGUACUUAUAUAAAAUUUGAUUGAGAGAUUUAAACUUUUCUGUGCGUGUACGCUUGUAUGGAAUAUGAUGUAGUUCUCUCAACCAAUCAGAAUUGAGUAAAUUACUUUCAUUUUAAUGCAUGUCCUAGAAUGAAGAAAAAUGGAGUAGCAAAUUAUAGAGUUUGAAAUCGUUUAAAGAUUUUCUAUAAACCAUGUUAAAAUUUUUAUGAUCACCCACCACACAACCCUUGCAUCAUUUAACUUUGCUGACGAGAAGAGAAUGGGAUCAAUCGGUUAUUUCCCAUCGAGAAAAAAUAAAUCACUAUCUCAGCGCAUGCUUUCACAUUGCGAAACUCAGAUUGACAAUUAUCUGAAUGUGCCAGUCUUGGUUUUGACGAUUAUUAAAGUGAAACCUAAUUUACCUCUACAUCGGUAAGCACAAUCUCGUACCCAGAGUAUGCCCGUUCGCAGGUUAGGUGCUGGCAUGAGCGUCAGAGGGGGGGGCAGCAGGGAUUAAUUACUUUUGAAAAUAGGUAAUUCAAUCUCGUUCCCAGAGUAUGCCUGUUCGCGGGUUAUGUAGUGGCAUUGAUUACCUUUCGAAACAAGUAAUUGUUAUUGAAUAAUUGUAAUUAAUUCGGCUUUCGUAGCUCCACCAGCAGGCUCUUUUCCACGCAUCACAAAACCAACUCUCAAGCCCGCUGCGAGUGCUUGCAUCUAUAAUUAAUAUUACAGAUACCCUAGAACUUUAAAACUGAUUUCAAAAAAUAAAAUCUUUCAAAUUAUACAACUUAUCAAGUGAAACGCUUUCCUAUAAUUUUCCAAGCGCGAAAAUUAAUUCAUUAAAGUCAAUUUUCAGAGACAUUAAUUUUGAAUCGUAUAUAAAAACAGGCAACGUAAAGCCCAUUUUCCACUAGGCGAAAUUUGCUCGCGCGAACAGAAAAAAGGAGAAACUGAUUUUUUCGCUGACCAAUCAUAUUGCCAAGAAUUUUUUCGCUGACCAAUCAUAUUGCCAAGAUUUGUUUUUCACUUGGACAAAUUGGUGGAAAAUGGGCACAAGUCGGAAAAGAAUAUGCCUUAGCUAAGUAACCCCCAAAGCAACAAUAAAAAUAAAAUUUGAGCACACUUUUUCAGAACAACCUCGAGAAGGGUAAAAACUGAAUGAUAGUUUUUAGACAGGUUUUUAGUGAAACCGGCGUUUAACAUAGAUCGCGGCGCGAAGGUACCGCAAACGUAAACUUGUAGCAGUAUACGGAAAAAUUCUUUCUUUUUUGUAUAUUUUAUAACACUAUGUUAUUCUUCAUUUAUCUGGUGAAAAUCGGAUAGAAAUUGGAUAACAAUUCGUCGAGAAAUGGUAGAUCUCCUGAGCGUGUGCCUAAGGGUAUCCUGUAACCUUAAAAUAGACUGUAUUGUGAUUGGCGUAAAAAUUUGUUGCAAUUCAAAAUUUGAAAUGGCAGAAAUGGUAUACCAAGUUGCCACAGUGUUGCGUGGUAACAAUGCCAAGAUGACGGAUGUGAUGAACGUCACUUGGUCACGACAUCCGCGGCUAAACGAAAGCAGGCUUUAAUGUUGAACUGAACCAGCCUAGCACGACAUAAAAUUAUUAAAAAUCGCAAAUUAUUGGCACAACCUACACUGGCACAGAAAAUGCUUGAAUUAAAUUCCUAUUAUUUCAGUAAUAAAUCAAUAGCUAAAAGUAACUAAGAAUUGGUUGGGACGGUAUCUCCUCAUUAGUUGCGUUUCUGAUAAAUUUUCAGGUAAUUGUGAUCUACUUAUAAAGCCGUCCGAAGAAUCCAGAAAUUGGAAAUGUAUUUAAAUAUUUCUACCUUAUUCACUUCCCAAGGUCGCUAAAUGAAAUGCCACUGCCAAUGUCAAUUUUUAGGUUUGCGUGAAAAUCACACUUAGGUUCUGUGGCUUAGCGCGCUAAUCCACAUUUCGAGCCAACACUGAUUCUAUUUCUUGAAAUACAAAGCACGACAUAGUAUGAACAAAGCCUCUAACAUCCUCUAAUUGUGCACUUAGAUUUGAGCAAGCCACCAAAACAGCAAGAUAAUAUCACUAUUUUAUUCCAAAAUCAUUAUGAAAUAUGAUUGGCAAAUUGAUGGAUGUAUUACCGCUUGCGUUGUUUUUUUGUUGACUUCUCGAAUCUUGAGUGCACAAAGUAGUUCUCACCAGAGUAUUCUGCCAAUAUGCCCUGGGGGAUGCUUUGUAUCGAUUGCAAAAUGAGAAAAUGACAGAGCGUUUUCAUAUUACGCCGAGUUUCGUGUUUCGACAUCAUUCAGCGUCUGUUGUUCUUUGUCAUAAAGUGGGCUGACACUACGCCUACGCAACAUCAUUUGGCCGAGUUUCGUCUUCCUAAUAAAGCUAAUGACACUUGCUUUGUUCGAUGCUCAAUGUUUUCUUUGCCCGUUUGGGCAAAAUUCACUACAAUUUUCACAAUAGACGAAGCAGGUUGACUUUGUACAGUACACUAGGGCACUUUUAGUUCGAAAACCAAUACAAAUCUGGCAUUGUAUUCAGAUUACAGACAGCUUCGCUGGAAAUCUACGUCUACACUUCACGCCUCCCACGCACUUGUAAUAUUCAGACAUUAUGAUUAUUAGUUUUUGCCCUAUAGGGGGGUUAGCAUGUUUUGCCUUUAUAGCCCAUCUUGAGACCAUCAACGUUUAGACAGCAACAUCUAUCGUGCGAGGGAAACGCUUUUGCGAAGUUCGCCGUUUAUAUAUAAAGGUAGCUGUAGCUUUAUUUUUAAUGCCAAAACGAACACUUAUAGUCUUUGUAUUAAGAGUGCUGGUAAUUGUGGGCGGAAAUGAUCCUUGUUGCCUGAACAACGCUUCGCAACCUCCAAUAGGAUUGUACAUGCUCUACUUGGAACGACUUAACUGUUUGAAAGAAUUUCCAUGCCGAUAUUUCGCUCUUCCUUGAGCCGCUCAAAGAAUUCAUUGUUUGCGAAGUUCCUAGCGUUUUUCAAGCUUCAUUUUAAAUUCCUGUCAUGGGAUACCGGUAGCGUCACACGCGUAGCCAAAGCUCGCGUCUAGCGUAUAGGUCACGCUUUGGCAUCGACGUUUCUGUGUGUGUUUUCGUCAAUGUAUAUGUGAGUUUUUGUGUAUUCUGUAGCCCAUUGAACGGGAAGACUUUUUCGGUUCACUGCAUGGGUUCGGCUUUCCGGAAGUGGUAAAUACGCAAUCGUGUUGUUCUUCUCAACUCUGUUUACAUACUGUAUCCGUGGACAGACAAGUAGUGACGAGAUUCAAAAGAACUUUGUUUUGAACGUUAACGUAUUGCGAUAUACGCAACGAAAUCGGGUCCAUGUUCAGGGAACAAGAUAUGCGAUAUAAUGAAAGCAGUAAUCGGAGUUCGCCGUCUCCAACGCUUCGAGAUCAGCUUCUUCGUAAGCUUGUUGAGAACCGUUCAGGUCAGUGAUUUCCAUCGCUAUAAUGGUGGUAACAUCUCUUCCGCGUUACGUUGUCUAUCUUUACUGAUCACUACACUAGAUCGAGAAUAGUAUAUGGGUAUACGUAAACAGCGACGUUUGUAUAUGAUAGUACUGGCCUAGUAUUAUAAUUGAAUGUAAUAGAAGACUCAUCAUCGUAUUGGUUUAUCUUAACUGUCUGUAAUACACAGUAUGAGGAUUGUCUAAAGAGAAUCGAACCUCUAACGGCCAUGGGUUUUUUGUGAUGUUCGCUUAGAGCCUUGGAAAGGCUCACGUGGUAAAUUUGAUGCGGUUAACUCACUCCUGAUAAGCUAGAAGACUCUGAUUUGCCGACACUCAUUGCCUCGUUUUUUGUGUAUUUAUUCGCUUGUGUUUAUCUGGCUAUGUUUAGCCGUAUUCAUUUGCAUAUCUUGAUGUUUGUGUACGAAAUAAAGGCUCGCGAAAACCACCUGGUUAUAUAAUAUAUUACGAUUGCGCCUGCUGCAUUAGGCAGGUUUUGACGGCAAAUUUUAAUGUUACAUACACGCAGCAAGCAUGUCUGCUCGCCAUGACUUCUGUCUACACAUCAGUACGGAUUAUACACAGCGGCUUAGGGCAUCAUAGUAUAAUAACAAGCUGUAUCUAUAUAAUACUUAUAAGCCUCGUGUUUUUUCCUCGUUGCAGCCGAGAACAACAACAACAUGGAGUCGUCUGAAAGCUCUUCUCCUAGCUCUCCAAUACAAUUUUCUCGUGGCGGGGACUCCCCAGGCAGGGAGGUGAGUUUGCUUUCUAAUUAUUUUUCAAUGUUAUGUACCUGUACCAAUAACAAUGUAAAUAAAUUAACCACAGUAAUUAACACAUUGAUGUUUUCAUUUUGCG